CACCUUGUUGGAUGAAAUGACUGUAGCCCAGUUGUCAUGGAGAUGAAUCUGUGAACAUGCAACCUGAGCAGGGAUUUUUGGUUUUGUUAAACUACUAUGUCCACAGUCAGGAAUGAACUGUCAUGCUUAACUUUUGAGCCAACACAGAUGAGGAGGCGUAAAAGCGCUAUGGUUGAAAAUUGAAAUUGUAACAGCAAAUGAGCUUACUGAUAGUGACAUGGUUGAAAGCUCUGGAAAAAUCGAGUGAGUAGGCUUUGAGUUUGAAUUGUUAUUGGCCAGCUAUCUCCAUGGCUAUAGAGGUAAGUGAGACAUGUUUUUAUUGUAUUUUGAGUGAACUAACCCUUUCAAGAGAGGGCUUGAAGAGGAUGAAGGACUACACUUUUUUGUUUAUUCAUUAUGUAGUUUUUGGAAACACUUGUAACUUUGGUAAUGAUGUUUCAGUCAGUUCUUUGUCAAAAUAUUCACUCAAAAGACAAUAAAAAUGUUACAAUAGAUUUGACACUAACAGAAUAUUAGGUUAUUGUGAUAAAUGCCCUACUAGUAGUAUUGUAAGACUAAGCACUCUUUAGCCAUAGUAUGAACAGUACAGUGGAAUAGUUACUCACUGCGCAUAUUAAUGGCAUAACAGCUCAGUCAAAGCCAGAUCACAGGAAUAAGCAGAGAUAAUAAGGACCAAGUGAUGAAAAUGAGUCACUCAAAACUGCACUGAGAACGGAGGCGUGGAGCCAACUGUGGCAUGCAGGCAGCAGCUCCUCUCCUCUGCCAGCUCUGGCUCCUCCGCCAGGAAGGGAGGAUUGAGAAAACUGCAGUUCAUAAUCGCCUUCAGUGUGUCGCCUGUUGUGUGGAGGUGUAGUAGUCAUGACAGCCUCAAACACUGGCCAGCACCCCACCACCACCACCGCCUCCCCCGACACGCUGAAGACGGUCGAUUGAGGCGCAGAGCUCGCUCUCUUCCCUCCUUCUCUCCGGCGUUGUUUUUGGACCCGAGUGUCCCGCAGUGACCAUCGACUGACUGCUGGACUGCAGCAAGUAGUCGACCCCCGUUUGUGCUCGGUGUUCCCCGAGAGCUCAGGCAUGCCAUAUGUCUGGACUGGAAACAUUGUUGUCUGGGCUGAAAUUCGCUGUAGCUACUACUUGAGGGAGUCAAACUUGAUGAAAUGGAGACUUCGGGGAGUGAUGCGGCGGUCACAUACUUGGGGAAAGCUGAAGAAAGAGACGGAUAUUCUGAACUGGAACAUCUGCCUCCACUGCUGGAAGAUGAGGAAAACGUGUCUCUGGCAGACAUCCUGUCUUUGCGGGACAGCUGUCUGUCUGAGGAGGAGGUGUGGGCGGUGUGUGCAGAGUGCGUUCUGGCCCUGCAGAGCAUCAGACCCUCCCACCUCUUCCACACCCUGUGUAUAACACCAGACACUCUGGCCUUCAACGCCCAUGGGAAUGUUUGCUUCAUGGAGCAGCUCAGUGAUGAUCCAGAGGGCUCCUUUGUGCCUCCUGAGUUUGACAACACAGGCAGUACGUUCGAGGGCCAUGUUUACUCUCUGGGCUCUACGCUUUCUGCCGCACUGAACUUUGUCAUCGAGCCAGAGUUGGAGGCUGAGCUGGGAGUAGAAAUCCAGAGGCUGUUGGAGCAGAUGCAGGAAGAAAAGCCAGAGGACAGGCCGCUCCUGCAGGACAUCCUCUCUCUGGCUGAAGCAAGGCUGUCUCAUACCUCAUCUGCAGCGGUGUGCCGGAAACUAUCUUCUAUUGGACGACGUGUGCUAUCAAUUGAAUCAGUAUCAACCUUUCAAGAUGGACAGGAAGGCUCCUGGGAAGCAAGAUGGCAGCAUCCCAAACCCAGAUGUCUGCUCAAAAGACUGAGCUCAGAUGAUAAUACCAAAGACCUGUGUGUUGACAGUUCCUAUAAGGCAAAUGGUCUGUCCAGGCAGCAGGUGUGUGCAGGCUGGGAUUCCUCUCUCUGGGCGGAGGAUAUGGACAGCGGUGACGGAGACUGCAUGAUCUUGAUGGAUGAGUUGGACUGCCGGUCUCACAACAGCUCCCCAGUGCGGAGGAGAGCCCAGCAGAGACUGAACCGGGUGAGAGGGGCACUUAACCGCUCCUGCUCCGUUCCAGACUCCAACAACCCCCCAUGCCUUUCCCCUCCAACUCAUGGAGAUAUCAGUAUACCUGUAUCGGACCUCACUGAGAUAGGAGCAGAUGAACACUUGGGCUGCAAGUCUGUGUGGAGCAACAUACUUAGACUCAACCGAGGAAGGUCCUGUGAGUCUUACCCACACAGUAUGGAGGAGGAUUGUGUGAACUCGUUUGCUGACAACCAAAUGUUGCAAGGAAACGAGGAUGCUGCCAAUCUCUUAUGCAGUGGAGAAACAAAUAUUCAAGUGUGUCAGGACAAUGAAUGUAAAGAGUGUACCCAGGAUUUAGCAUCUCCAUGUACUUCGUGUCAGGAGCUGGACAUGGAACAUGACUCUUCUGGGGACCUGAACUCAUUGAACCACGGCCUCUACAUUCCUAAUAACCACAUGACCAAAAGCAUGCUGUGCCUCAAUGAAGAAUCUCAGGAUGAGUGGAUCUCUUUAAGAGAGCUGCUCACUCGUUGUGGACGGAGGCUGACAGUCAAUGAGCUGUGGGCUCUGUGUUACACCUGCCUGUCCUCGCUGCAGACCUACAUUGACUUUCCAGCCUAUCUAUGCUUGGACACAGUGUACGUUGGCUGUGAGGGAGAGGUGCUUUUCUUGAAACCUAAAAACAUAGGGCACCGGGAUGAAUUCUAUCUUGCACCUGAAUAUCAAGAACAUGGAAUUGUAACUGAGAAGGCUUGUGUUUAUGGGGUUGCUGCUAUUCUCUGGGCCACAGCCAAGUUCAGUUUAUCACCUAAUCAAAAGCUGGCGAUGCCUCGCAAACUGAAGAGACUGCUCCUGGAGAUGGCAAAGAGGACGCCCAUCGAGAGACCUACCAUUGUCAUGGCUAAAAAGAGCUGUCGUGACUACUUAUCACGUCAAGGGACAGAUGCUGAGGCUGUGUGGAACGAGCUCCUCAGCAGAGUUCACCCGCCAGCCUCAAAAUCCACUGAUGGAGAGGAUUUGAGUGCAGAUGACGCUCAUCAAAACUCAUGUGAGGAGACCACACAAAUCAAUAGUGGCUUUGUGCCCAUGGCCACUGAGAGCCGACUGGCUCCUGUGCCUGGCCCUGUUCCCCACAGCUAUCCAGUCCACAAGGAACUACAACUCCCAGAGGCCUUCACUUCCACCGCAACACACUUCACCCCCAUCAUCCUGACCAAUGAAGAGGACUCAGAAGAGGAGAGCCAAAACCUUGGAGCUGCCAUUGAAGAGACUGUGGAUGGAUUCAAAAAAAGCAGUGAACAUAUGGAGGAAAGGGGCCUUGAUCUUGACUUUACUGCACACUCUGAGGACCCAUAUCCUACACAGAAUGAACCCAGUCUACAUACAGAAGAGUUGGACCCUGUUAAUCAGGUCGUCAUAAAUAAAACUCUGCCAGUCAACUCUAUCUCUACUCUCCCUAAUAUUUCUUGUCUUGAAGUCUCUCUUCCUCCGCCAUUAUCCUCUAACCUCAACAGUUGUGGUGUUUUCAACAAUUACCUAUUCCGUCAAGAUCCCACAACAGGACAUCUUUCUUUAGUGCCUGUACAGGUCAGGGCUCCCGAGUCUCUCCUUGGCUUGGAUAUAAAUCUGUCACUGGUCAUGCAGUCUUUGCAGGGACUAAUCACAGUUCCAGAAAGCACUGAUGGUCCGUUUAUUAACUGUCAGACUGUUCCUGGGAGGUCUGAAUCCCAGGAAUAUGGCCCACCAUCAUCUCAUUUCAAUGGUAGCUCCAUCAGUUCUGACAGCCCCUUGGAGCACAGUGUGCCCAGAGCUUAUGAUGGACAAACAAUUGCAGGGACACAAGGGGAAAACCAGUCUCCUUCAGGGUCCACCUCCCACAAAGUCCACCCUGCCUUACAGGAGGUGAUUGACCUGCUCAAGGGAGAGUUUUCACUUGAUGGGUAUUUGGAGAAUGGACACAAAGACGUUGCCAUGGGGGAGUACAUCUUCUCUUUGAAGGACCUCCAGUACUGCGUGUUUGCCAGUAUUGUGAAGGAGAGGUUCAGUGAUCUGUACUGGGAAGAUGACUUGCUAGGUGUAUUGCACCGCCUGGUUAACUACAGCCCAUCCACACUCGACUCUAAUGAGCAGCCUCCAUCACAGGCAGUGAAAAGGGCAGCUAAUACCCCACCCGUGAUAGCCACUGCCUGGAGAGGGAAGAGAGAAGAUCGUCUGCAUGGUUGUCUCGACCUGAAUGGAAACAUUCACACUGCCAGUCCUGCUGCUGUGGACUCAUGGGAAGGAACCAAGGCCCUGUCCUGUCAUGGAGAAAAUGAGGCUGCGCUUGAAGAUUUUGAUUUAAAAUCAGAGGAGAGUGAACACCGUAUCUGCCAAGGCGCGAGCACUGACAGGGACAGUUCGGACGCAGGGGUCAUGGAGGGAGGAGAUCAUUCAGCGGGGGGCAGCGAUGAAAGCCCCUCUGAAGCUGAAUUUCUGUCGGGGAGAGAAGAAGGGCUGCCUGGAGCCCAUGAUGAGCACAUGAGCCCUGACUGCUCUGAGGACAUGGAGGACAGUGAUUCUCUGGUGUCAAUGCAAUUCCUUUUGCCUGGAUCCAGAGGAGAAGGACCAGGCCUGAGCUACAGCCCAGCCUGGGCCUUGGCCUUCUUUGGAGAAGACUGUUUUAGCCCAGAGGUGAUCCAGUACUCCGUGAAUCUGGGACAGCACACAGGAUCACCAUGUCUGGAUUUGAAAACACAGGAACUGCAGCAGCAGCUGAUAAUUGAAACAAGGAAUCUUAAGAAAACGAAAAAUUUCUACCAGAAGCUAAUUCAACAAGAGAGAAAAAACAAAGGUUCUGAGAGCAAACUGAUGUUGUCCAAACUCAAGUCCCAGCUUGAAGAACUCAGGUCCAAAGUGGUCUUCUUGGAUUGUGUGAAGAAAUACCUUGAGAUACUAAGUGUGGACCAGUGGGGUCUGGAGGUUUCACUACUGCCCUCUUUGGCUGCCUGUGGACCUGGCUCUUUGGACUUCCAAUCCUCUGAGGACACCUCUUUCUUGAGCUUUGGAAGCAGCAAAGGAAAGAGCACUCUGCAAGCUGGGACUCCUCUGGGUCUCAUGGCAUACCUCUACGCCAGAAAUGCUGCUGCGGAGGGCUACAUCCAGCAGUUUCUGUAUACCUAUCGUUUCUUCUGCACUCCUGAACAGUUUCUUCAGUUCAUAAUGGAUAAAUUCAUCAGUGCUGCAAGAGAAGGUCCAGACAUGUCAGAGGACAACGUAAAGAUCUUCCAUCGCAGUUUGGACCUUCUCCAGUUCUGGAUAACGGAAUGUAAACUGGUGGACUUCACACCAAAGUCCAGCUUUGUGGAUACACUAGAAAACUUCAUCAAUACCGAGGUAAUCCCUGUGGACAGCCGAGGGGAGGCCCUUCUUGCUGCUCUCCACAGCCCUCUGAGUAUAACUUGGAGCAAAGGAGGAGGAAGCCAAAUCAGCUUUGAGGAAGAGAAUGAAUCUGUGGCUGUCCAUUCAUCUACUGAGGAUCUUGGGAGAAAGUGGAGGAUCUCAAGAAUAGUGGAGCCUUCACCAUCCAUGCCUAAAGAGAAUGCCUUCUCCAUAGCUGCGGCCUUGCCUAUUCCUUGCUACGGGUCCCUGGCUAAUGAUCUCUCUAACGUCUGCCUGCACAGCGAGGAUCGACUUCCCUUCAGCCAGAACGAAUACAGUGCACAGCACGUAGCCCAACAGCUCACCCUCCUGCAGCAGGACAUUUUCCAAGGAUGUCAUCCAGUUCAUUUCCUCAACUCUAGAAUACAAGGAAUCAGGGACAAGGUCUUGAACCCAAACAAGAAUGUGUCUCAGCAUAUCCCACCAGCAGAGGGCAGCAGUCUCGAGGAGACGCCAUCAGACAGCUACCUCCAGCAGCUGCUCACGUACUCUGACAGUGUCACUAACUGGAUCUCUGGUGAAGUAGUCGUCUGUGACUCCCUCAAGACACAAGUUGCUCUGCUGACCAAGUAUCUGACGAUUGGAAAACACUGCUACGAAUCGAGGAACUUUGCCACAGCCAUGCAGGUCCUUGGAGGUCUGGAGAAUGUGAUUGUCAGGCAAUUACCAGCUUGGAAACAUCUGCCUUCCAAAGUGUGUGAGAUCCUGGAGGAGCUACGAGCCGUGCAGGUGUUUCUGAAGAGUGACGACCUGUGUCUGAUGGGGGGAGAACAAACGAGGAGGAGGCCCACUCUGCCUUCGGUGCAAAUCCUGGCCAUGCACGUCCAGCAGCGGGAGAUCGGAGCCUUCACGCUCACUACUGGAGCUUGCAAGUGGACCAAGCUCAGGAGCAUAGCAAAGUUGGUGAGUCAGGUCCACGCCUUCCAGGAGGUUGUGUACACCUACAGCCCGGACCGGGAGCUGCAGGCUUACCUUCAGUGCCGCAUCGCCCGGCUCGGCACCUCCGACAUCCGCCUCUUGGCCGCUUCCAACGAUGCCAACUUCCAGCAGUCCACCGAGCGACAAACACAGAGGAUCCAGGACACACUGAGGAGGGUUAGGGCCUCCUUCCAGUGAGCCCUGUCCCAGUCACACCUCACAGCUCAGAGCAAGACACCACCACCAGGUCAACACCCCAUUUCUGAGCCCAGAAUGAGGCCACGACCCUCACAUGCCUCUGUUGUCCUGGCAACAGAGCUAGAAUGGAAAGCUUCUCUCUGCUGUUAUAUGUUCAUUUUUUUGUCAAGCUCCCCCUUUAACUUUAAUAAUAAUAUCAAUUUAGACUUUAUUCAUAACUCACACUGUUUGGAUUACACAUGUUCUGCUGUUGAUUAGCAUUUUAGUUUUCUUCCACAAAGAUAAAAGUAAUGGAUGAUAUUUGUAAUUUGCAAUGAUUUCAUCUCAACUCACAUACUAACAUUUUAUAUCAUUAUUUGUGAAUUUACCCUGUAACUUAGCGGUUAAGACCUCCAUAUAUUCAUAUGUAGAAAAAUAUGACAGCAAUUCAGAACACAUGUCAAACAACUUUGUUUGUAUUAAAGCACAAUGUCAGCUGACAUGAUAAGGGCUUUUAGGUGGACCCUGCUAUUUUAGUCACACCAGCAGUGUGGCUCUAUGAAUGGCAGUGUUGGUCAGUCAGUGCAUCAUUUUGGUCCAGACUGAAAUUUCUCUACAACUAUUGGAUAGAUUGCUAUGAAAUUUGCACACAUUCCUGUU